AUGUCAGAUUUGCCUCACCAAGAUUCAAAGGACGCUAUUUAUCUACAUGCUGAGCUGCUUCCUAAUAUCCGCCAAAUCACCCUAUACGUUUCACUCCCUCACUACCCAAAGCUUCAUGGAAUCCACCCAGAGAUUCGGCUUUCGGACUCCCGCACGGAGGUAACAGUCUCCCUGCCAGAGCCAUUUCAUAAUGUCACAGGAACAAUAAUAUUGCCGGCACGUGUCGGCAGUGAAAGUGGUCGGAUACAGAAUAUCAGUCCAGUAUCAGCCAGCAAAAUUAACCAUGACUAUUCUGUCAGAAUGCAGAUCGAUGCGAAUUUGCAGACAUUAACAUCACAGGAUGAACUGGUUGACGAUUAUGUACCAUGGACCGCGGCAGAUAUGUCUACACGGACUCGUAUUCAAUGCCGCAUGUGUGGAAACCGUUUUUUGAAACCACAACCAGAACACACGUCUGAGAACGACCAAUCUCCCGCGGCUGGGUGGAUCUGGAAGGACCUUCCAAGUGGGAAUUGGGCAGAGAUGAUGGACUUUUGGCAUUGCCAUAAACCUGAUCCUCACGAAGAAGAUUCCAAAUCUGAUGCUACUGCUGCGCUCGGUAUUGAAGGUCAGAAUGCUCAGAUUAAGGGCUACGGAGCUUCAAGUCGCCUUGAGGCAAUCGCGGGUACUGUUCUCAUCGAUGUCGCCACUUUCCUGAUUGCGUAUUCGGACUGCGUGGGACUGAAAAAGGACAGUCAAUUAGCUACCAAGUCCGUGUCUAAGCCCUCUGAACAACUAGCUUUACAUUGCGACAAGUGUGAUGCUAUUGUCGGGAUGGACGACUCGUCUAUGAACGGGUAUCGCCUUCUAAAAGCAAACCUAAGCCUGAACGCGGAUAAAGCGACAACCCACGAAACACAGUGGGAAAGCCACCCAACAGAAAUCAUAGUUGCAGCCCAAUUGCUGGAAUUAAUAGAGCGAGAAAGCGCCCGAAGAUUCGUGGUUCAUUGCGGACAAAAAUCGGGAUUGUUACUCUGGGUUUUCAACCCGGAUAUGCGCUACUCGCACUACAGUUCCAGCACGACCCGCCGAGUGAACGCCAGACAGGCUAUGAAGGUUUUCUUCCAGCAAGCAACAGAUGUCGAGUCGAUUCUGAAUCGUGAUAUUGGCAAGCCGUCUCCUCUUUCGGUCGAGGAACUGGAAUUGCCUCGUAUGAUCUAUGAGGCUUUGUCUAGGGCUCUUUUGAAUAGCCAUAUGUUGCUCCCUCUCUCGGUGAGGAGAUUCAAUGAAUGGCAGGUUGGAUUGCUGAGUCGGUUUAGUCGUGAAGAGCUUGGUCUGAAUAAGGAUGUGUAA